UGGUUAUAUCCGAGUGUAUCUAUUGGCAAAUAGACGUUUAUUUAAUUAUUUAAAAAUUAAAACAACCGUAAAAGGCGUAAAACUUACAACUACUUAGCUCUUUUAAUAUUUUGUGAUUAUUGAUGAAUUUGAGAAUGUACAAAUUACAGAAAAAAUUACUACAAUUAGAAAACGAUUUUGACAAUUUGAAUGCUGAAAAUGAAAGAAAACAUUUACUAGAAAAUCUCAGAGAGCUUCGACAAAUAAAACGAACAAUAACGGAUUGUGUUUCAGAAAUCUCGUCUUCCGAAAAAGUUAACCUUAUAUCAAAAUUGGCUGAAUCUAAUAUCACAGCAGAUCAAGGAAUGCCGUAUAUUGCUCUUAAUAAACAAUGUGCUUGUAAACUACAAAAUUUAAAGUCAUUAAUUUUUGCAGAGUUUAAUAAAACAGACUCUUGUAAGAAACAGGAAUAUAUAGAUAUGCUGCUUGAUAAACAUCAAAAUGAGUACUUAAUGGACUUUUUAAGAGACCUUGAAGAAAGUAAAUUUUUUUUAAAUAAUUUUGCAAGCAAUUUGUCUUUGUUUCUAGAAGUAGCAAAAGAUAAUCUUAAUGUUGAUGAUGUAAAUAAUCCCAAUAAUACAAUACUCAGCAGCUGCUCGUCUAUAACUGUGGAUUUUGAAAAUUGUAAAAAUAAUCCAAAUAUUGCUGCAUCUUCCCCAGUUAAUUCUGAUUCGACAUAAUAUGUU